AUGAAAGUCACCAUGACAUAUUUCGAUUUGACAACGUUGUUUAUUUAUAAGCCAAACAGUCCACAAUUGUAUUUAGGAUAGACGGAAUUUGAUUGUGAAUGUACUUCAAACAAUGUAAUAGGAAGCUGUGAAUAAUUGUGAUAGUUCAACGCGGCUUGAUUUAUUGACAUCUGUAACCAAGCAAUAAAAAAGAUGAGUAGCAGUCACCAGUACCUUCAGAAUUCCAGCUCAAGUAAAAGUGUGGCUACCAGACUGGGGGACAUAGAACAUCUGUCCCAAUUAUCAGAAAAUUUGGCUUCCUUGUACCUCAGCCAUGAAUAUGCUGACAUUGUUUUAGUGGUAGAGGGACAGAAACUGCAUGCCCAUAAAGUUAUUUUGGCUGCACGCAGUGAUUACUUCAGGGCAUUGCUUUACGGAGGUCUCAAGGAAUCAAAUCAAACAGAAAUUGUUCUUCAACAUGCACCACUGGUGGCUUUUAAAUACCUGUUGAAAUACAUAUACUCAGGUCACAUGUUUUUGAUAUCGCUAAAGGAAGAGGUUAUCCUCGACAUCUUGGGUCUGGCCCACCAGUAUGGAUUUCUGGACUUGGAAACGGCGAUUUCCGACAUUUUGCGGCAACUUUUAGCCCUUAAAAAUGUAUGCGCAAUUUUGGACACGGCCCACCUUUUUGGAUUGGAAAAAUUGGUGGCCGUGUGUCACAAUUUUCUUGACAGGCACGCCUCAGAAAUCUUAACCAGCGAAUCAUUCCUGCAAUUGUCACAGAGUUCAUUGGUUGAACUACUCGAACGCGACUCGUUCUUCGCACCCGAAGUGGAAAUCUUCCGAGGUGUGUGUGCCUGGUGCAAAGCGAAUACGGAUGUCGACGACCGCGUGAUGCGCUGUGUCCGUUUGCCGCUGAUGAGUGUGGCGGACUUGCUUUCUGUUGCACGUCCGGCGGGGCUCGUCAAGCCGGAUGCCCUUCUCGACGCCAUCGCCGAAAGAACCAAUGUACGCCUGAGCAGUCUACCGCACCGUGGACAGUUAUUGCUGGAUGAAAACGUUGCAAGCCUUCGUCUAGGGUCAAAAGUGGUUGGGGGAGAGCUAACUGAAUACCUUCUAGAUGGUGACUUUUUCGCUUACGAUAUGGAAAAAGGUUACACUAGACAUGCGAUUAACGGACCAGGCGACCAGGGUAUUGUGGUGAAGUUGGGAGUUCCGUCCAUCAUAAAUCAUAUCAGAAUGUUACUUUGGGACAGAGAUUUAAGAUCAUACAGUUACUACAUUGAAGUGUCUAUGGAGCAGAAGGAUUGGGUACGAGUCGUAGACUAUAGUCAGUAUUGCUGCAGAUCGUGGCAAUACUUGUACUUUGAGAACCGCGUAGUUCAAUACAUCAGGAUCGUGGGUACUCAUAAUACCGUCAACAAAGUGUUCCAUUUGGUGGCGUUUGAAGCCACAUGCAUUUCAAAGUUGCCCAAAAUGGUUAACGACAUAUUGUGCCCGCAUUACAACGUCGCUACGUUGGAAAAGAAUGCUGUGGUCAUAGAAGGCGUAAGUCGAUUUUUUAACAGUCGUUCAAGAAAUGCACUCCUGAAUGGUGAUACAAAGCAUUAUGAUUGGGAUUCUGGUUAUACUUGUCAUCAGUUGGGAUCUGGUGCGAUACUUAUCCAACUGGGCCAACCUUACAUCAUAUCGAGUCUCAGAUUAUUGUUGUGGGACUGUGAUGACAGAAGUUACAGCUACUACAUUGAAUCAUCAGUAAAUGUAUGGGAUUGGGAGAUGGUUGUUGAUUAUACUAGAGAAAGUUGUAAAUCCUGGCAGGUGAUACAUUUCGCUCCAAGACCUGUUGUUUUUAUAAGAAUAGUUGGUACAAAUAAUACGGCAAAUGAGGUUUUCCACUGUGUUCACUUCGAGUGUCCGUCAACGUGCGACACUGUGGGUAUGACUUCCAAGGGCACCAACGCCCAAGAAUUAUCUAAAGAGGCAAGCGUUGAUGAAGAUGCCGUCGCUCAACCUCCGGAGACCGCUACGGAGGCGGAGGAAAUACCACAAGAGGCGGCGGUUGCUGGCGAAAACCUCACUGACUAAAUUUUUGUAGCAUUCGCUGGAUUGACUAGGAAAUUGCUGUUUAGAUUUUCGAAUUUAAUGUUUAUAUAUAUUUUUUUAUGCGAAUUAACAACACAACCACAUAUAGUAUGCGCAUAAAAAAUUUCAGUAACAUGGACUAUAUAUAAAUAUAAGACGAACAGUCCAGAACCUAAUCAUUGAAAGAUUAUUGAAAUUUUUUCUGCGUUUGUUAAAUUGAUUAGGACACUGUUAUUUAGAGUCUGAAAUUUUAUGUUUGAAGUUAAGGGAAUAUAACAUGACUACACAUUAUACAUAGAGGAAAUCUCCGUAAUAAAGUUAUACAAUGAAAUAUAA